UCGGAAGCUUUCGACCUCAGAGGUCACCAAAUAUAAGUAAAAUGAUUUUGCGGAGGUUCAAGAUUGCGCUCGGGUUCACCAGAUGGAAAACAAGAAAUUUGUGCACAUUUCCAGAUGUAAGCCGAUUGCACUCACUCGCUACGGUUUCAGUUUUCGUUUUUGCGAUUAUGCUAUGGUUUAACACUAAUUUUGUAUCGAUCGUUGAUGACUUGCUAUUUUCCGCCAUUUGAUUUUCUUUUCCAAAGAUUGAAAUUUGUCAUCAGUCAUUUCACACUCCAGUGAAUAAGUAGAGCCCCAUAAAGAAAUAGAAGAAAUUGAGAUGCAAGUGCAGGCGCCGAGCUGCCACGGUUAAAUGGUCCUCUCUGAUACUCAAAAAAAAACUUCCGCUUUAAGGGGCUGGAUUAUGUGUGACAGUGACGGUGACGGUGACGGUGACUAUAAAUGCGACUGUGACUGCAUCAAGUGACCAUUGUUAGCUGCCAAACGUCAUUAACGACUAAUGUUGGUCAAAGUCAGUUCAAAUAUUUGCGGGAGUUCGUUUGUGUUUUUGCCUGCGUUUUUUGAUUAUAAUUAGCGAACAAAAAGUGUAAGCCUCUCAAUAUGUUGCUCAUCGCUGUGAUUUUCGCCAUACAAAUGCUCAGUAUACUAACUAACCAAACGCCAGUUAUCUACUGUGAAGCACAACAACAAGCUUUCGCAGCACGCGAUCCGCGCAUUCGUCAUCGUGGCAUCGCUUACGCCACAGAUCAGCUCAGCGUCAACGAUCAAAUUGCAACGCUCAAUGCAACAGCACUACUGCAGCAGCUGCCUUCGCGCGGAUACGGUGGCGUUAUUAGUGAGAAAGAGUAUCGACCGCUCUACACUUUACCACAGCGUGCGACACCACCCGAUGUGGCUAAAUACCGCAAUUAUGGCAAUUACUUCCAGCCCAUUCCAAUAAAUGCACCCACACUGAUGAUGUUGCCACCACUCGCACCACCCUUUAAGAAGGAACGAAAACGCCAUACGGAGUAUUCCACACCAGUUAGUUUCGACCACCAUGUUCUGCACUUGGAUGGUCAGAUCGCGCAGGAACCUCGCCCACGCCGCUACACAAAUACCAGUUCCGACACAGCACGAACGCAUCGACGGCCCCAAGCUAUAAAUAUGCCAGCCACUCACGCUAAACCUCGAGGAGCACAAGCGUCAAUAUUAAACGCCACGGAAGGGCCUCGAGGAUCUCUGGAAAACAUGGAACCCGCGCAGACAAUUAAAAAGACGCAGUCAUAUCAUGAUAUAUUUAUGCGCUUUAACGGGCCGCACCAUCUGGACUAUGGCCAUAUCGAGUUGCAACCACGAAAACACUUUGAGAAACGUUUUGAGUCCUUGAACAAAAAUAAUGGCAAUCGUCAUCGUGGCGAGAUUGUAUGGGUCGAUGCAACGGGCGGUUACGGUGAACACCAUUGGGAUUUGGCGCAAGGAAAACUUCGUUAAGGCGCCACCGGUACGUGACUCAACGCAAUUCUUAAGUAUUUACACUUUUAACUGCGUUUGAAGGCGAAUCCCUCUCUAGCUAAGCAGACACUGCAGCUGUACAUCUCGUCUAACAUUGAACGCAUCCGAAGAGCAAGUUUCCUUU